CAGACCCAGUACAAACAGUGACUCAUACGUAGACCAGACAUUAUCGGAAGCCGAAUUUAAAGAGAGAAAUAUAUAAAAGAGAGGAAACCAGCUUUUACCAAUAGUUCUGAUGGCAGUGCCUGAUAAUCAAGCCAAAUCUAUUGACAGCACUGACUUCCUCACUAUCUUAGCAUCUCAAGGUGUUGAGUUCCUUCUUUCUGGUAAAGGAAAGGUACCCUUAUCAUCAUGUGGUGGAAAGACAAUUUGUCUCUUUUUCUCUGCAAACUGGUGUAGGCCUUGUAAAUCUUUUACCCCACAACUUGUGCAACUUUAUGACACGCUAAUAGCAAGAGGUAAAGAGCUCGAGAUUGUCUUCAUUUCCUUUGAUCAUGACAAGACUGGAUUUGAGGAACAUUUCAAAUGCAUGCCAUGGCUUGCUGUUCCAUUUGAUGUAACCUUCCAUAAAGAACUGAGAAAUAGGUAUCAAGUUGAUCGCAUCCCUUCACUUAUUCCAUUAGCUUCAGAUGGAGUAUUAGUUGAAGAAGACUUGAUUGGAUUAAUUGAAGACUAUGGUGCCGAUGCAUUUCCAUUCACUAGGCAGAGAAGAGAUGAAUUGAAGGCUCUUGAUGACUCUAAACGCCAGGGAGGAAAAUUGGAAGAACUUUUGGCCCGUGAAGGACGGGAUUAUGUUCUUUCUAGAGAUUAUAGUAAGAUAACAGUGUCUGAACUUGCUGGUAAGACAAUUGGUCUUUACUUUGGGGCACACUGGUGCCCUCCCUGCCGUGCCUUCACUGCACAACUUAUUGAAGUUUACAAUGAGCUCAAAACUACUACAGAUCAAUGCUUUGAAAUUGUUUUGGUAUCUACAGACCGAGACCACAAAGAAUUUGAUCUAAAUUUAAGUAGUAUGCCAUGGCUAGCAAUUCCAUACGAGGACAGGACAAGACAAGACCUUUGUAGGAUCUUCAAAAUCAAAGGGAUUCCAGCUUUAGUCCUAAUUGGACCACAUGGGAAGACAAUCAACACAAAUGGGAAGGACAUGAUUUCCUUGUAUGGCGCUAAGGCUUUCCCAUUUACAGAGUCGAGGAUUGACGAAAUAGAAGCAAGCUUGAAAAAGGAGGGAGAUGCAUUGCCUCAACUAGUUAAGGAUGCAAAGCAUGAACAUGAACUAAAACUCGACAUGGCCAAAGCUUAUCAAUGUGACUCUUGCAAAAAGCCAGGGAGGUUUUGGACAUUCUCUUGUGAUUUGUGUAAUUAUGAUCUUCAUCCCUCAUGUGUAGAAGGAGUGGAUCAUCCCUCUUUGUAAACGCAAUAACUUGAGACUUGAUUGAGGGUGUAACUCACUAUACAUUAUUAUUCUUCUGUAUCCAGAUGUUAUUAAUGAAGCUUACUCUAAUUUUACUUAAAA